AUGCAUUUUCUUCAUUUACUCAACGUGUUUUUUAUUACAUUAGCCAAUGCCUGGCCAGAUGCACCAUGUCGAAUACCACCACCAGCAACUGGUUAUACGAUUGAACAGUACACUGGUCGCUGGUUUGAAAUCGGUAAAAUCCAAACAGCUGGCGGUGCUUUCUUUGAAAGAGACUGUGUAUGCACUCAUCUUGAUGUUAAUAAAGGUGCUGAAGAUCCAUCAGUUGUCAUUGUUUCUAAUAUUUGCAAUAAGAAAACAGUCGAUGGUAAACUAAUCAUAGCCAAUGGAACAUUGACCAGCACGAAAAAACCAGCAGAUGGUCGUUAUAACGAAACAAUUCAUCCUGUGACUGUACCUGUUGCCUACAACAUAAUUGUAUUACGAACCAGUGAAUAUAGUGUUGAACCAUUGAAACAGUGGUUAAAUCCGAAAAUAGCUAGUUCUCCCUUUGCACAAUCUCGCUUACAAUCAGUCAUUGGGACUAUUCCUAAAAUUCAACCAACUGGUGAAAGUCAACAACGAGAACAAAGAAUAACAACACAUAAUAUUUCUCCAAGACCAAUCAAUUCUAGCCGUCUUCGUUCAUUGAGAAUUACGUCCGCACAUCCUCUCACUCAGAAUAAUGAGGUUAAUGAUGAACGAUCGACACAAAUUAAUUCAACGAGAAUAAAUGAACAAGAUGUUCAAACUGAAAGCAUAAAUUUAUCUAUCGAAGAACGUAUAGCAUGUGAGAUAACAAUGUCUUAUGUACCGAUCGACAAGGAACCAUCCAAUCGUGAGGAAAUUAUUGUAAUGCAACGACAUAGUACUGGCGAAAUUUCACUAGUCUAUCGUGGUUAUUUAACUAAAGGCGAAAAAUUUUCAUUCAAAUCCCAACGACGGCCAACAUCCAGUCUUUCAUUAGCUUUCUAUGUUGAAGGAAAGUUCAUUAGUGUCACGGAUGCAUGUUGUGAAUUUAAAUGCACUUCAAUAAAUUCAAAUGUUGAUGAUCAGAAACAGUUUAUUUUUCAAGAAAUUCAAAAAGCAAAUCCAUGUGAAAAAUGUCGAAAAGAUCGUGCUGAUAAAUUACUUUCAAAUAAUGAGAAAAACACAUUAUUAGUUCAAAAAAACAAAAAAUCUUUUCAUCCCAAUAACAUUCUCAUGCCAUUAUCUGUGAGUGAUCAACAACAGAAGCAGACCUCGAAGUCUAAAAAAUCGAAACCAUCAGAAGUACCUGAUGUUCAUCACUCAAAAACAUCAACAGUAGUGAAUUCUAAUCAGUCGGAAUCAGAAACAAAACCAUCAGAACAAAAAUCCGAUAAGAAUGAAACUAACACACUCACCAUCGAUGGUAAUACCUUCAAUACUCAACAACUUAUGCAAAUACUUGCAGGUAUGGGAUUGACAAGUCAAUCAUCGAAAGCGACACGUCGCCCAAAGAGUGUCGAAAAUUUUUGUUACAUUCUGGAAAAAAAUCUUUCAAUAUCCAAUGAUGAACAACAAAUGUUACGUGGUUUAAUUAAUUUAGGUUUUACAUUUGAUGAUAUUAAUUCCGAAGAAUCGAUUGCAUUUCUUAAAAAAGUUAAGAAUGAAAAGGUUAUUUUAAUCCUUUCGAAAACUAGCAUGGAAAAUUUAUCCAAACCUAUUCAAGAUGAACCAUAUCUAUAUGGAAUUUAUAUUAUCGAUUCAUCGGAAAAUAAUUCAUUCGAUUCAAAAUUUUAUCGAGGAUCGUUUUCCAAUAUGAAUAAUUUUUGUGAACAAUUGAAAAAUGAUCUUCUAUCAUUCACUUAUGAUUUAACAAAUAUUAGUUCUAUCAGUGCCGAUUAUACUGGAAUGAGUACAUUGACUUAUGUUCAAGCAUUAAAAGAUAUUCUCUUAGAAACAGAUGAAAAACAAGAUUUAAAAAAAGAAAUGAUCAAUUUCUGUCGUGAAGAAUAUAUUGAUAAUAUUAUUCAAUUAGAAUUUAUUGAUGAAUUUGAAAAGAAUUUUCAACCGUCUGAUGCUGUUGAAUGGUAUUUACGAACUGAAACUUUUCUAUAUAAAAUGAUGACACGAGCAUUUCGAGAAUUAGAUCCGGAUAUAUUAUUUAAACUUCGAUAUUUUAUUCAACAUUUACAUGGUCAAUUAAAAUCAUCUGUUGAUAUGAUUGUUUAUCGAACAGUUCGAAUUCGAAAAGAACUUUUUAAGAAAAUGAAAAAUAAUCAAGGAGGAUUAUUAUCAUUUAAUGAAUUUCUUUUAGUCAGUAAAAAUCAAUCGUCAAUUGAACCGUCUCCGAUGAAUCAAGAAUCGAAAUUAAUUCAUUUCGAAAUUAUUCUAGGAGCAAAUGUUAUUCGACAUGAUAUUUCCAAUGAAAUUCUUUUAACUGUCGGAACUAUAUUUCGUAUUGAUAAAAUCGAAACAAUUGAUGAAGAAACAUUUAAAGUUACAUUAACAACAAAUGAUGAUAUUCUUAAAGCUGGUCAAUUACUAACAAAAGAUUUACGUGAUGCUGUUAGUGGCCCAUUUCCAUUAGUACGUAUGUUGAAAUUGGUCAAACAAAGAGAAUUAACAGGUUAUGUCGAAUAUUUUUCAUCGUUACUAAUCGAUGAUCCACAAGCAAUGAAAGAUCCAACAGUAAAUUUAACACUUGGAGGAAUACUUCAUUCAUUAGGAACGCAUUAUUAUGAGCGAAAACUCUAUGAACAAGCAUUAAAUCAUUUAGAAAAUUCUUUACGAGUUUAUUUACGUGUUUUAUCUCCUGAUGAUAUACGAUUAACACCGACGUAUAAUAAUAUUGGAAGUAUUUAUCGUAAACAAGGUUUUAAUGAAAAAGCAUUAGAUUAUCAUCGAAAAGCUUAUGAAAUUCAAAAGAAUUCCGCCAAUCCUGAUCUAGAUUCCGUUGCUUCGUAUGUCGGAAAUAUUGCAUCAGUUUUAACAAAACUUGGUCAAUAUAAAGAAGCAAUUGGGUAUUUUGAAACGGAUUUAAAAAUUCAAAAAAAACUUCAUCCAAAUAAUAAUCAUCCUGAUAUUGCUGUUAAAUAUCAUAAUCUUGCUGGUGCUCAAUAUCGAGCUCAUCAAUAUGCCGAUGCAUUGAGUAAUUAUCAGAAAUGUCUUGAUAUUGAACUUAAAUGUCAUUCAGCUGAUAAUCCAACAGUUGCAGUUACUUAUGUUAAUUUAGCAACAGCAUUUGAGAAACUCGGACAAAUACAUGGCGCAAAGGAAUCAGUGGAAAAAGCGAUUACACGUUUACUUUUAACGAAAAAAGAAGAUGACGAAGAAAUACAAGGACAUAGAAAAUAUCUUCAACAUUUAGAACAAAAACUUUGGAUGAAAGAUUUAUUUUCCGCUACAUGA